AUCAAACAGUGAAUUUACCCCCACAGUCAACAGGCGAGAUCAGCAACUCCCCACCAAUGGCCAAAGCAUUCCACCAAAACCUUGUUCUACUCGCGCUGUUAUUCUUACCUACAGCACUUAACCAAUUGAAUCAAGAUGUCCCUGAUGCCCGUGGGAGAAGUUUCCAUUCAUCGAAAGAUAGUUCUGACAGUGCUACAAGGAAAACUCUGGAAAAUUACCUGACCAGUUCCAUCACCACGGUGAUAAUUCCUACAGUUUACAGCAUCAUCCUGAGCAUUGCACUCCCAGCCAAUGGGAUGGCUCUUUUUGUCCUGGUCACAAGGACCCAGCGAUUACCAUCCACCAUCUUCCUGAUGAACCUGGCUGUGGCUGAUCUGCUCCUGAGCCUCGUGCUGCCGUUCAAAAUUCACUAUCACCUCCUGGGCAACGACUGGCUCUUUGGUGAAGCUCUGUGUCGGACAGUGACUGCCUUUUUCUACGGGAACAUGUACUGCUCCAUCCUGCUUCUCACCUUCAUCAGCAUCGACAGGUACUUCGCUCUGGUCCAUCCUUUUCUCUCCAAGCGUUUCCGGGACAAUAGCUUCGCUGUCGGGAGCUGUUGUGUGAUUUGGGUGCUUGUUGUAGUGGCCAUGUUACCGUUCCUCCUCCAGAGACAGACCUAUCCAAUCCACAACCUCAACAUCACCACCUGCCACGAUGUUUUGCCAAAAGAAUUGGACACUGGUUAUUUUUUUAAUUACUUUAUGUGUUUGGUUGUGUUUGGGUUUUUCAUUCCAUCACUUGUUACUAUAUUCUGCUACGUGUCUAUCAUCAGAUCAUUGAUGUUGGAAGAUAGCAAGUAUUCGAAAGCUGUAAGGACCAUGGUGUUGGUGCUGAUUGUGUUUUUGAUAUGUUUCAUUCCUAGUAAUGUAACCCUGCUGGUACAUCAUUCACAAUUCCAAAACACUGACAGCAAUAAGUUGUAUUUUUACUAUCUGGUGUGCCUGGUGCUCAGCACUUUCAAUAACUGCCUCGAUCCAUUCAUCUAUUAUUACAUUUCUGAGGAAUUUCGGAACGAAGUCAGAAACAUGGUUCUUUGCAAAGUGGAGAAACGUGAAGAUUCUGGAAAAAGGUCCGAGCAGUUUGUUCUGACUAACUCCUCUUCGGUAUCCAGUCCUGUGAGCUGUGGAGGAGACUAACCGCAUCAUUCCCGCCCAUUUGUGAACCACAAACUCUCUAACCAGUGCAUGGCCCUUCCUGAGCCAUUCAGAGACUUGGACCAGCUUUAUGACUAUGACAUAUCGGUGGAGAUACACUGCAGGAAAUCCAACUUGUCCAAUUUUCAAAUUUGUUACUUUUUCUCAGUGAAUGUAACUUUCCCUAUUGGUUAAUGUUAGACUAUAUCUGGGAUCACUCGUGCCUGUUGAAAGUGAGAAACCCUAGACUUAGAAUUCUGCAAAUAACUUGCAUUGGGUUAUAAAAUAUAAUCUGCAGAUUUAAACUGAAAAUGAAUUGAGUGCAUUGUCACUGUCCAUGAGGAGACAGAGUGAACAGCUUCAAGGAUUGAAGCCUGGGAUGGGAAUGGGAGGAGGGGUGUGCAAAUAGAGUGAUUACAGGACAGGGGGCCAUUGAGCCCAUUCUUGGCAGUAGAAUAAAAGUGAACCAGGAGCCUCCUUGGGGCUGCCGCCAUCUGAAACAUAUGUUAGGUCAUUCCCAGGUUUCAUCAGACAACCAGCUGGGAUCACAGAGCCACCAGCAAAAUUCCUGGUUUCUCUCGGAGUGUUCCGGAAGCUGCUUUCUCUGUAAAUGCCUUGCAGAUAUUUGUCCAAGAAUCCAGUCCUCAUCAGGUGAUCAUUUCUAAGCAAUGAACUCUGAAUCCAGUGCACCUUGUUCCGGUUAUUGUUUCCAUCAAAACAUCUCUCUCUGUUUUAGAAUGAAGUAAUCCAGGUGGAGGUUGGGUUAUUGAACCGGUUUACGGAGCAAUAAAGGGAUAGGCCUUCAGAAGUUAUGGGUGACUGUGUCGCUGUUAAACCAGUGAUUAAAAGGGGAUUAAUAAAUCCUGAUUAUGUCUUAGGUUCUAAAGAGCAGUUUCUUUACACAAUCAAAGGCUCUCAAUAUCAUGUGGAGGGUCAUAGAUUAGAACAGAAUUAUAUCAAGUGUUGAUCAGAGAAAGUUCAAUUCUCUCCCCCAAUCGAGUUGAGGUUCUCUAUAACCAGCUCAGGCAAAGUUUGAAUUGGUGGCAGUUGAGGGAAGGAAGUGAUGAUAAUGAUGAAUAUUUGAAUCAUGAUGAGUUAGAGCUCUGCAGUGAGAAUGGGAACAAUUUUCAAUAACUAGCUGUCAUUACAAUGUGUAAUAUGAAAUGUUAUCAUAUGUAUUGCUAGCUUGAUAAAUCCACAUUAUCAAA